AUGGCACGAUUGCCAGGAUUGCGAAAAGUCUCAUUUCCUGUGUACUUACUCAAGGCUGAUCCGAUGACCAAUUUCGCUGCUGCUGUUGUGAGUGAGAGUGGCGACUAG